GCCGUAAAAGGGUCUCCGAUUACGUGCAAUUACGAUAACGUAAUCAUCUUUUUAGGUGUAUAUAUCGCAUUCGAUUCCCAAAUUCAUGUUUCUCACCACCCAAUUUCUAUUCAUAUGGUCUUCAAUCGACCACGUUCACUCGUAGAAUCAUGCCACCGUUACCAUUUUUCACUAGAAAAAUCGGUACUACUUGUAUUGAUUCUUCCUCAAUGCAACUGUUCGCAGCCGGCUCAUGAAUGAAAUUUCUAUCUUUCAACACGAAAUGGUAAAACCUUUUAAUCCCCAAUCUCUUUUUGAUCUCCGAAAGCACUCCCCUCUACUGGGAUCUCACACAUUUCUUAGAUAUUCAUCACAUCCCAAUCUUUAUGCUGAGAAUAACAAGCGUACCUACCCUAAUUUGGUCGAUAAUGUUUCUAAAAUCUUGUGUGAACCUCGUUGGUUUGAAAACAAAGAACUCAAGCAUGUUAGUCAUAAACUUCAGCAUGUUCAUGUUGCCAGAAUUGUAACUGCCCAUAGAGAUUUAGAUGUAGUUGUUCGUUUCUUUUAUUGGAUUUCCAAGAACCAUUCUUAUAAGCAUGAUUUGAAUUGCUAUAAGGCGAUGUUAAGCAGGUUAGUUCGUGAAGGCCGAUUGGCCGAUAUGGAUCAUAUUAGGGUUUUGAUGGUGAAAGAAUGUAAAUGUGAAGAGGAAUUGAUGGGUGUUCUUGAUUAUUUUAAUGCACUUAGAAGUAAAGGUCUUGGCUAUAGUUUAUAUAGCUGCAACACUUUGUUGAUUCAAAUGGCGAAGUUUCAAAUGAUUGAGGCUGCUCGGGAUGUGUUUACACAGAUUUUGAGUUGUGGGAUCAAACCCAAUUUGUUGACAUACAACACCAUGAUUAACAUGUUGUGUAAAAAGGGAAAGGUUCAGGAGGCGGAAUCAUAUUUAGAUCAGAUGAUUCAGUAUGAUUUGUAUCCGGAUGUGUUCACUUACAGUUCUAUGAUUCUUGGUUAUUGUAGGAAUAGAGAUUUAAAAUCCGCUUUCAGGGUAUUUGAUGGGAUGGUGAAGGAAGGUUGUAAUCCAAAUUCAGCGACUUACACCAAUCUUAUAAACGGGUUAUGCAAUGUUGGCAGGGUUGAUGAGGCGUUAAACAUGCUCAACGAAAUGAUGGACAAAAACAUCGAGCCUACUGUUUAUACGUUCACGGUCCCGAUUUCUUCAUUGUGUGCAGGUGGGCUUGUGAAGAAGGCUAUUAAUCUUGUCGUUAUCAUGAGGAAAAAGGGCUGCCUGCCAAACGUGCAGACCUACACGGCUCUUAUCAGUGGGUUGUUUCGUACGGAACAAGCUGAAGUAGCAAUGGGCUUUUACCACAAGAUGUUGAGAGAUGGGCUGAUCCCAAACAUGGUUACUUAUAAUGCUUUGAUAUAUGAAUUAGGAGAGAUAAGGAGGUUUGACUCUGCCUUUAUGAUUUUUGAUUGGAUGGAGGUACAUGGUAGCUUGCUGAAUACCGAAACGUACAAUGAAAUCAUUAGGAUCUUGUGCUUGAUAAGAAACCUCCAGAAAGCUAUGGUUUUAUUAAGUAAAAUGACCAAAGUAGGCCCUUCGCCAACAGUUGUUUCAUAUAACACACUAAUUAUUGGAUUCCUCAAACAAAAGGAUCUCAAUAAUGCAAUGAGAUUAUUGAGUUUGAUGAAGGCAAAUGGAUGCAAACCAGAUGAGUGGACUUAUGCUGAACUCAUUUCCGGGUUCUGUAAAGGAGGGGAUCUUGAUGGAGCUUCAACUCUUUUCCAUGAAAUGUUGGAGCAAGGAUUGAUACCGAAUAAGGUCCAUUAUACUACUUUAAUAGAUGGUCAUUGCAAACAAGGGAAAGUAGAAGCUGGUCUUUUGUUGCUGGAAAAGAUGGAAACACAUGGUUGCAGGCCCGAGACUGAAACUUACAAUGCAAUAAUAUCUGGUUUAUCGAAAAGGAAUCAAUUAUGUGAAGCCCAAAAGUUAUUUGAGAAGAUGGUAGCGAAAGAGGUGGCUCCAAAUGUGAUUACCUACACAACUUUAGUUGAUGGCCUGUGUCGAAAUGGUGGUGUUCAUCUUGCAUUUGAGAUUUUCCAUGAAAUGGAGAAGAAGAAUUGCAUGCCAAAUUUGCUCACUUAUAGUUCACUCGUUUAUGGGUUAUGUUUGGAAGGCCGGGCUGAUGAAGCGGAGAUAUUGCUUGAAGAAAUGGAGAGAAAAGGGAUCACUCCUGAUCAUGUGAUAUAUACUUCUUUGAUCAAUGGAUAUAUAUCACUAAAUCGAGUGGAUCAUGCAUUUUCACUUCUUCAACGGAUGGUUGGUAGAGGAUGCAAACCCAACUAUAGAACUUUUCAAGUCUUGAUGAAGGGACUAGAAAAGGAAUGCCGGUUACAUUUUGAAAAAGCCGCAGGCCAACAUGAAGAAAUGUACAGUUGCAGCUCAGAUGAGAGAGAUGCGAGCUUUGAGAAUCUUCUGGUCAGAACGUCAGAAUAUGGGUUUGAACCAACAGUUGAGACCUAUAGUACCAUAGUUGCCGGUUUGUGUAAGGAGGGCAAGAGUACAGAGGCAGUCGAGUUGCUCCAAAAGAUGGAAGAAAAAGGCAUAAAUCCUGACCGAAAUAUAUAUGCUUCUCUCAUAGCUGCUCACUGUAAUAACUUGAAAGUGGAUGUUGCUUUGGAGUUCUUUGAUUUGAUGAUGGUAAAAGAUCUUGAACCUCAUAUCCAAUCAUAUAAAUCACUUAUUUCUGCUUUCUGCAAGUCAGGGCAAGUGGGUAAUGCUCGUCUGUUAUUUGAAGACAUGCUUGACCGACCAUAUGAUGCUGAUGAGAUUGUUUGGACCAUCUUGAUUGAUGGGCUUCUCAAGGAGGCUGAGGUGGAGACAUGCAUACAUUUUAUCCAUAUAAUGCAAUCGAAGAACAAAAUUCCUAACUUUCAGACAUAUCUGAUGUUGGCAAAAGAAUUGUCGGCAGCCGAUAAGAAUUGUGAUAUUCAUGAGGUUGUAGCUAAAUUGAAACAUUAUAGCGGGACGACAACAGGUUGAAUUUUCUCCAUUGUGAAAGGUGGUGCUAUCCACUUGAGUCAUUGAAAAAAACGUGUUCGCUAGGUUGGCUCCUUGCCAUCUGUAGAUAAAUGUGAGCUGCAACCUCUUUCUAGCCAUGCGAAUCCUUGCAUGGUGAGUGCGAAGAUGCUCUGUUCGUAUAGAACUCCAUGGAUGAAGAGCACCAAAAUCGCAACAUCUGAUUUUUGGAAAGAUGUGACCCUACUGAUAAGACAUGAUCAUUUCAGGAUUCAAAGAUUCAACAACGGGGUUGCUUACAGAAGGCAGAGAAAACUUGGCGUUGAUAGAUAUACAAUCUUAUAUCUAUCGAUAAACUUACUUGUGGUUCCAUUUUUGCAGCAAGACGAUGCCUUUCUUGCUAUUUACAACACGUGAGGCAAGUUUCUUCGUUUUAUGCUUUAGUAAAGCCUUUCUCGGCACAUUCUUGAGUACAGAAGCAUGAUACCAUUGGAAGCCAUAAUUGAAUAUAUAGAGAUUCUUUACUGAUAGUUUUACAGUAGAUUGAGUUAUAGUGUACACCUGCAAUUUUGAUCUCCUGGUGCUUCAUCAUAUAUGUGAAGUUCUUUUUGGCUUUUACGGUCAGUCGUAUUUUUUAUGCGUUCUGUUGCCAAUUUGGCACCGAUAUUUUUGUUUGUACAGUGUUAUAAAUUGGUUUUGACAUGAAAGCCUUACAGUUUUAUUUGCAAGCCAUGGUCUUCUA